GACUGGAAUGUGUUUGGGCUUUUCGGGGCCAAUCUGUCCUGCAACCUGCUUCGUCCCGUUCCGACUCGACCGAACCGCGGCGAUGAAUCACAGCGAGGCCGAAUCAGAGCCUUCAGAAUAUUCCUACUAUGACUAUUCAGACUGGUACUCCAACAACGCGGAGCCAACCGAGCCGCCCAAAGAAGUUAUUUUGCCAUGUGACCCUACAGCGGACAACAGGAUCUUCCAUGCAUGCAUGCUGUCGUUAUCUCUGGUGGUGGUGUUAAUACUCGCAGUUCUCACCAGGAAGCACAAAUUCUGCCAUGGGUUUGCAAGAGGAUCCUCCAGUAUCUUCAGUCCGGCCAACUUCCUCGACCAGACCCAGAGCAAAGGCCCCAUCGUGGCUGUUUUUGGACUUCUCUUCAGCAAGCUGUCAAUGCUAGUGAUCGCCCCAGACCCGCUGCCUUUCUCCAAAGACACUCCGGGGGACGUCAAAGAGUACAUGAAGAUACUUGCCAUCUUCUACUACCCCGUCCUGUACUAUCCUCUGCUGGUGUGUUGCACCCUGCAGCGCAGGGCGGGUUACGCGUUCGGGACCCUCCUCUCCUUCGGUCACCUGGCGGUCCAGCUGUGGCAGACGUUCGACUGCCCAAAGACCCCAGAGAUCUACGCGUACUACGCUCUGCUGGCGGGUCUGCCUCAGCUGGCCUGCUUCGCGUUCCUCUGCGUCCAGUUCCCUCUGCUUUUUGUGAAAGGGCCGAAUGCCGACGAGGAUCUUGACAGCAGCUACUACACCAACUACGUGAAGUUGCUUCUCAAGAAAAAGUCCUCCACUGCCAGCUCGUCGACUACGGACAAACCAACGCUGGCAGAGAGGAUUCUGGAGGUGCCUAAGAGUUAUAUUUAUAUGCCAGAAAAAGUAUUCCGCUUCCCGCUCAAACUGGCCGUGUCGGCGUUCGUCGCCCUGGUGGCGAUGUACCACACGGCGCUGUUGCUGGUCGUCCUCGUGGUCCCCACCCUGCACAUCGUGCGCGCCGGCAUCGACGAGAACAUCGCCUUCCUCCUGCUGGGGUUCGGGGUGGUCCUGUCAGACGACAGGAUGGAGGUGGUCGAAAUCGUGACCUUCUACACUUGGUUGCUGGAGGUGUGCUACCUCUGUGCCAUGACCCUAUCUUGUUUGGUCAGCCUCGUCAUGCUCACGAGGUCCAUGGUCUUGCACAGGUCCAACCUGAGGGGACUUUAUAAGGGAGACGUUUACAGCGUCUAUAGCAGCCAGAAGACCAUCCGUCCAUCUGCACCUGGUGUUGUCUGCUGGAUGGGUUUGACAGGGUACCAGGCCGCCAUCGUCUGCGUCGGAAUGGCCAUUCAGACUGUGGUGUUCUUCAUCUGCUUCCUGUUCCUGGUGUUUUUGAUCAUUAUCCCCAUUUUUUACGGCCGUAACUUAUUCGCUUUCACAAUCGCGGGGAAGGCGUGGCCGGGCUGGGUGACGCUGACCCUGGUUACGGUGCUUCAACAUGUGACCGCCAAGUUUGCCUUCAUUAAAAAGGAGGCCGGCACGAGAGACUUGAACAACAGAGAGAGUCUGUUCCUCCUCACGUACCUGCUGUUCCUGGUCAACACCGUGGUGGGACUGAUAGUCGCAAUAUGGAGAAUGGUGAUCACCGCUCUGUACAACAUCGUGCACCUCGGGCGCGUCGACAUCAGUCUGCUGCAUCGCACCGCGGAGGCCUACGACCCAGCCUACCGAUACUACGCCCACUCCCUGAAGGUGGAGGUGAGCCAGUCCCACCCGGUGAUGAAGGCUUUCUGCGGGCUGCUGCUGGACAUGAUGGUCGAGGGCGGCAGAGCCGGGCAGAAAAUCAGGGACGCGGAGGAAGCCUGCUCCUCCACGCCUCCAGGGGUUCAGGAGGCCGGGCCGAAGAAGGAGACCAGCCGGCCGAGGAUUCGCGCCCGCUGGCAGCUGCUGUACACGCUGGUCAACAACCCGUCGCUGCUGGGCUCCAGGAAGCACUUCCAGACGCAGCAGACGCCGGAGACCGUCCCCAACGGCGCGCCCACCUGCGGCUCCAAGAAGGGCGGCGAGGAGGAGGAGGAGGAGGCGGCGAAGGCUCCCGCGGCGCCGGCCCAGCCCGCCGAGACCUCCACAAACCAAGAUAAAACCGAUUGAGGCGCCCCCCCCCGAUGUGCUGUUUGGCGUUACGUUUUAAACUUAAUUGGACUUUGGUCGUUAUUUUUUUCCAUUUAUCUCCAACAUUCCUUUUUUAAUUCCCACAUCCUUGCAGAAUCGGUUCAGGAUUUCCAGACAUGUUGGUGAUGACAAAAACUACAGGUAAAGGGCCAAUUAAUGGGGGACGUGUAACAAUGUAAACACGUUUUCUUUACAGUAGCAAAAAUAAGAAUCCUUGUGUUUUUGCCGUGGAGCUCGAACCUCUUCGUGGAAACGGCCACGUUUCACCGAAAACGGCCCUGAUAGGACAAACAAAGACUGACUCCACACACACAAGUUUCAAUGCAAUGGUGCGUGUUAGAGAAUUAGAAGGUUUUGGUCAAGAUUAGGGAAAGAUAGUGAUACUGGGCUUGGGGAUUAAAUUCAAAUGUCAAAAAUGCAGGUGAGCCUUGUGGCUGCUGACCCACAGAGGCACCGAAUAAAGACACCUGGACGCUACCAGGGGGCACGACCUCCAAAAAACAGAUGACAGUAGAUCCCCGAGGCUCUCUGAACACGACUAUUGUUAAAAAUCAAACUUUGUUGUGUUCUGCUGGUGUCGGACUGCUGAGGCCAUUGAGUAGUUGCAUGUUGACUCAGAUCGAGAGGUCGUUGUCGGCUUCUGGUUAAUGCAGUUACAUCAACACAUGCCGGACCCCCAAAAUGCGUUCUCGGUCCUUCAUGCUGUCCGUGAUGUUCAAGGGAGUUCGGAAAUCCAUCAAGUAACAAAAAAGUAACUUCUCACGUAAUGGAAAUCUCAAACUCUAGUCAAUCACUGUUAAUCUACUAUAUUCAUAAUGUUUGUACUUGUAUUUCAACUUUAAAAUUAUUAUGUGUUGAAUAAUAUAAUUGGAAAUUACACUCACCGGCCACUUUAUUAGGUACCCCAUGCUAGUAACGGGUUGGACCCCCUUUUGCCUUCAGAACUGCCUCAAUUCUUCGUGGCAUAGAUUCAACAAGGUGCUGGAAGCAUUCCUCAGGGAGUUUGGUCCAUAUUGACAUGAUGGCAUCACACAGUUGCCGCAGAUUUGUCGGCUGCACAUCCAUGAUGCGAAUCUCCCGUUCCACCACAUCCCAAAGAUGCUCUAUUGGAUUGAGAUCUGGUGAUUGUGGAGGCCA